AAAACUGCCAGGCACGAAGAGGAGAGAGCAAAAUAUCUCGGUUGUUCUAUAGCUAAAGAAAAAUCAAGAUUUUAAACACAGUUUCUCGUAUAGCUUAUACUACAAACCAAAAGCCCCGAGCCUGCUUUAUGUUACACGCGAAUUCCUGAUUAUACGUAAAGUGAGAUUUGAAAGUACGCGGCUACAGAAGCCAAAUUGUAUGUGUGAAGUGCUAACUGUUAGCUGACAGGCUACCUAGCAUAGCCAUUGAUGCAAUGGCGUUGAAAAGAAUCCAGAAGGAAUUGUCAGACCUGCAGAGGGACCCACCUGCUCAAUGCUCCGCUGGACCAGUUGGAGAGGAUUUGUUUCAUUGGCAGGCAACAAUAAUGGGUCCGAGUGACAGCCCAUAUCAGAGUGGAGUGUUUUUCCUCACCAUUCACUUCCCAACAGAUUACCCCUUCAAACCACCCAAAGUUGCAUUCACAACAAAAAUCUACCACCCUAAUAUCAACAGCAAUGGGAGUAUUUGUCUGGACAUACUGAGAUCACAAUGGUCACCUGCACUUACAGUAUCAAAAGUAUUAUUGUCUAUCUGCUCUCUCCUUUGUGAUCCAAACCCGGACGACCCACUGGUACCAGAGAUCGCUCACACAUACAAGGCUGACAGGGAAAAGUACAACAAAUUAGCAAGAGAUUGGACACAGAAGUAUGCAAUGUGAGAAUGCCAGGGAGAUCAAAAUACAAAUGAGAACAAAAGAAACAUGUUUGAUUUGUAACUUAAGGCAAAUGAGCAACAGGAAAAAAAAAAAAACUAGACAACAGUCCAUCUUUUGGAGGAGGAAGCGAUACAAUGAGGUACAGUGCCACCUGGCUUUCCAUGUGCUGAGCUGCUACCAUGUGCUGUCCUUCAUGACUUGUAUGGAUCUGCUGAGCAGGACCUGACGGGCUCCUUAAAGCACUCCCAUAUGGAAUACCGGAAACUCUUCACAGUCCAUACCGCCACUCUCAGACUUAAAAACUGUUACUCCCGCUAUUGUGAUUAUCACUAUCAUUGUUGCUGUUCAUACACAUCAUUUUCACUGUCCAUGAGUCAUAUCGUCGUGCUACUCUGAAGCAAAAUGUUUGAUUUAUGUAGGAGAUUGGCUCUCUCUUCAUUUCAGAGGUACUGUCUGUGUCCCACUGGAUAUCUUGUUAUUACUGUGUUUUCAUGUAUCUAGUGGCCUUUCUGUGUUAUUAUUUACGGUAUAUGUGCAAUUGAGGCAGAAUGUUCCCUGUUCAACACAAUGGUGCAGUGCCAUUACCAGCAGCUGAUCUGUUGGCACAUACUGUCUCUACCCCGAAACAAUGUGAAAGACGGAAAGAACCAUUGGUUUCUAUCACCCACUGCAUUUUAAAUUGCAACAGUAUUUAGUGGUUCUGAAGACACUGGAGAGCUACUGUUAGGAGCUAGCUGGCCCUUGCCUCACUGUUGUGGCCUCCAUAAGAUGAAUGUCAACUUCCAUUUUUCUCACACAUGCUGUCAUUGCCCUUUAUAGCCUGUGUAAGUAACCACCAAUGGCUGGUGUCCAUAGUGCACAAAUACUACUGUUUGAUUUGUUACUUGUUGUGUAGCAAUGAACAUAGCUACUCUUUGGCAUAUAGCUAAGCUGCGUGCCACCUCCUCAGUACAGUUACUCAGGUAUCCAAUCGAAACAUCAGCCUUUACGUGCAGUGACCCAUGGUGAGAAAAAUGACCAGGGCUUCUAAAAAAUAGUACUGAUCUAAGUUUACUGGUUUGUUUCUAUAAAAGAAAAUGCUCAUGCUUCCCAAAGAGGCAAAAAUGAUCAAAGACAGAUCAGCACUCCUGACGUUCUUUAUGCAUAUAGGUGUAGAUGUCCUGUGUUACACAAAAAAAUAUGCUGUCCCAGAAGUACUGUCAUUUUGUCACAGGGAGGAUUUUUUUCAUUAUCCCUCUCCAGUUCUUUUCACCACCAUUUCCAUUUAUUUUUGAACAACACUUGGGAUGUGAAUGACGCUGUCAAACACGUACAUGCCACUGUUUUUCUAAAAUGACAUGGCCUUUGGUUACAGCUGGUGUCGCUAAUACUCAAAAUGGGAACUUAAACAGACUUAAGAUUUUGCAGAACCUGGUAGUUUGAAGUCAUGUGCAUUUGUUACUUGUGGUGAAUAAAUACAGUAACUUGACAUGACAAUUUAAUCUGCUUUAAAUAUCAAGUGAGGUGAUAUUUGUCACUUGUUCAUAUUCAUGAUCGGAUCUGCAAAGGUUUGUUUUGUUCUGGGAUGAAUAAUCCACACUGACAGUAAAACAGUUUGUCCGGGUGAUGCAUUUGUGACCCUUUGUAUUGUAUCUUUGAAAGCUUUAGUUUUAGGCAAUUUUGUUCUUUCAUGUCACCAGAAUUUAACAUGAUUGUGAUGUGUCAUAAUGUAAUACUAGUUUUAAUAUAAUCCAGUGUGACUGUUGGAUAAAGUAGUUAGGAAGUGCUACGAUUUUCUUUUUUUAAAUCAAGGCUCAUAAUGUGCUGAUGCUGCCAAUAUAAAGGGAAUUAUUUGAUGUUAUAAAAGGGGAAGAUAAUUUGCUAUUGAGGCAUUAUCAUGCAAAUUCAUCCAGAAAGGUCCAUAAUAAAGCAUGAAAAUUUUAGAGGCUUUGAUUGUAGAAUUAAAACCUUGGUUUAGGCGCCAAAUAUAGAUUUUCAUCAAUGUUAGCUGCUGUAGAGAAAAUUGUGAAAACAAGGUCUCCUGAAAUACAGUAUAUAGUUAAAGGUUUUGAAAAUAUAUCCUCUAAAUGCAGUGGAAGUCUUUUUGCUACCAGACAAUUGAAAAUGACUUGUGUGUAAUAGUAGUAGUUCAAACUUUGUGCAUUGUUCUUUGUUCAUCUGGCUAUUUAUUUAUUUGAAAGCUGAGUAUCUUCCAGCUGUACGAUUGAAUGCAGCCUCAAUUCGUUAUGUGAGUGAUGCGACAUUGACUUCCUUUGUCCGGUGUGCUCAAUAGAGUUUAUAUAGGCAGCUUGGCAUGCUUUGCACUCUGGAGAACCUUGUCACAGCCAUUUGCCAGAUAUCAGGGAUUUCGUUACAAUUCAUCUGCCUAACACCUCUGACUAAAAUUUUAGCCUUAACCCUCAUUUUGUGUAUAUAUAUAGAGAGAGAGAGAGAACGUCAUCAGAAACUGUAAAUUUGCUAUCAGGGCUGUAUCCCCAAAAUGGGUGAUUCAUUUCAUUAGUAGACAUGGAAAACUGCACCAGUAUUUUUGUUGAAAUUUUCAGUCUGGCUUUCUCUGAGGACCAGCCUUCAUGCAUCUUAAAAUUUGGAAUAUGUGCGCUUGAACUGCCGCCAUGAACGUCCACAUGUCCUCACAUAGCCCACACAAUAUAACUAUUGAUCUUCUCAUAACAUAUAAAUAAAGCUCAUCUUGGUUUA